AUGGCAAAAGUUGACCUAAAAUUUUGUCCUCCUUCUGAUAGAGUAGUAAAAAAUGAAAUCUCUCUUAAAAGAUUAGAAAAAGCCCAAAAAAUAGUUAUAGAAAGAGAUAAUUUACCUUUAUUAAAUUUAAUCGAUAAUGAAUUUUAUUCUGAGGAGGAAGAAGCUGAUAAAAUUAAUAAUGAUAACAAAAGGCUUUUAAAACUAAAAGAUGCAAUUAUUUGGUUAGAAGCCAAUUUAAAAAUUUCACAACAUUCAGAUGAUAAAAAACCAUUUGACCAAGCAACUGAAGCAUUCUUUGCUGAAAAGUAUCCUACAUUGUCAGUAGUUAGUAGUGAUAGUGAAGAAGUUCAGGUACUAGAGCCUCAUGAUAUUCCAACAAAAAUUGCUCAAAUUAAGCAAGCCAUUUGUGAUUCUCUCUGGAAAUAUUGGGGUAAUCUGAAACAUACUUGUCUUUUAGCUACCUUGCUAGACCCAAAACUUAAAAGAAUGCAUCCUAUAUCUAGUCAUCUACGAGAAACAGCAAUAAGAGUAUGCCAUCAAGAACUUGAAAAUAUUACUGAUACGAUACCUAUUCAAAUUACUUCUUCUACUUCUUCAAGUUAG